AUGGCCAGCCUUCCUGCCGAAGCGCAUACACUACUACAACCGGUGGCCGGUGAAGAGCUCCUACCUGCUUCCGGUCUCGCUCAAGAAGAGCCAAUUGUUGCCGAUAAUGACGAUGACGGCGAUUCUGCAAUCGAUGCACCAUUUCGAGAAUCGUUGGCCUCACUGCGGUCCAGCAUCUUGGCUUAUCAAGAGGAGAAUGGCCGCACCUAUCACGCGUUGAGUGCAGGCAAAUACUUCUUGCCCAAUGACGAGGCUGAAAUCGAGCGUCUUGACUUGCAACAUCAUGUCAUGCGCCUUACAAUCGAGGGCAACUACUGCCUCUGCCCCAAAAACGAUGGCGCAAAGCGGGUCCUCGACAUGGGCACCGGAACGGGCAUAUGGGCUAUGGAGUACUCCGAUGCCCAUCCUGAUGCGGAGGUCAUUGGAGUCGACCUGAGUCCUUUGCAGCCAGAAUUUGUCCCACCCAACUGCUCCUUCGAAAUCGACGACCUCGAGAAACAAUGGACCUGGAACAGACCCUUCGAUUUUAUUUUUUGUCGAAUGAUGGCUGGCAGCUUUUCUGAUAACAAGAGCAUCGUGCAGAAGGCUUUCAAUCACUUAGAACCCGGGGGAUAUUUUGAAGCUCAGGAUAUGAGGCUACCUCUCGAAUGUGACGAUGGAACCCUCAGAGAGGACUCAGAUCUGUGGAUCUGGAUGAGUCUGGUCAUGGAGGCCAUGGAAAAUCUCGGUCGACCGGUCGUUGCUGCGCAGCAGUGGAAGCCAUUUAUGGAAGAAGUCGGCUUUGAGGGUGUCGUCGAAGUAAACUACAAAUGGCCCAUCAACCGCUGGCCUCGCGAUAGGAAAUACAAGGAGCUUGGCACCUGGAGUCUCGCCAACAUGGACCAGGCCCUGGAGUCAUCUACUUUGGCUCCGCUGACUCGCGGUCUCGGUUGGUCCCGCGAGGAGGUUCUGGUACUCAUCAGCAAGGCCCGUAAGGUCUUACGCGACACCAAAGUGCAUGCCUACUGGCCAAUGUGCAUUGUCUAUGGCCGUAAGCCCAUGACUGCUAGUAUUGACGAGAACCUUGGCCAAUUCGAUGUGGUGAACUCACCUACAUCUCUACCCCCGUCUCCACUACUCCCCACAAGUCAGGAUUACGAACCGAUAGUACUCCCGACGUCCUCUUCAACUCACCAAGCGGGGGUGUAUCCGUCCACUGCUCGAGAGUUGUCUCCCAUGACAGAAGUACCUCUGUCCCCGACAGAUGCUAUUUUGUCUCUUCCAACCUACUCUAGGCUCCGCUUUACGUCAGCUUUGACAGAGCCUUAUGAAUCACGUCCGUAA